GCUACCCGGCGGCUAUCAGAGUGGCACAACAGUGUUGGCACUACUGCCAUCACAGUACUUAUGCACUUCAUGUCAUCACAGGACGAUGUGGAGACUGACGAGGAUCGCAAAAAUUUUGCAAAAAACUUACGUCUCAAGUUAGCUUUCUUGUAUGGGACCAUCACUGAGGACGGCAAAUUCAAGCAGCCUUUUCAAUCUGAACUCCUCAUUCAAGUUCUCAUACAGCAUAGGUGCACUACUUGGGGCGCUAUGGAAUGUGCCCUCGAUAUUUUCAGCAGGGACACACGCAUCAGUGAACUGAAAGUCAACAGCAAAGGAAAGGCCAUCAAGGUCCCACACACCAUGAACAAAGCCUCAGGCAAGCCCAGUAGCGCUCUCAAGGCAUUUUCAGACACAAACUAUGGUGAGGUGACCAGGGGAUACAUGAAGUCUAUCAACCACCUCUGA